AGGGGCACAUGGGCACAUGUCAGGCCUCACAUUGUGGGCGCUGGACCCAGGCAGAGGCAUUUGGCUGUGCCCUGAUGCUAGGCAGGGAAGCUGUGAGGAGACCUGCCAUCCGUUUUUGCCCAGGAUGAGAGGCUCCUGGAACGGAGGGAGUGGGGGGAGCCUCCGUGGGGGGGCCUGCGCCACAUGCCCACCCACAGAUCCUGCUCCCACAUGAACCCCACAGUAAGAACUCAGGGCACUUAGAAAGUGCUCUAGAUGCCCUGCCCCUGCUCUCCACCUUCGGUGGGCCCUGAGGGGCUUCUUUGGACCUCCAGUGCUCUGGGACAUUGUCCUCAAAGCCCCAGCACUUCAUUUUCUCCUUCCUGCUCCUCCUCCUCGCCUUGGAGCUGCAGGAGGCCCCAGAGCCCGGACAGACAGAGGGCAGGGAAGGGCGGGACACCUGCGAGUAUUGAAUGGGCCAGGGCUGCCGCUGCCUUUAGUGGGUAAGGCAGUGAAGCUUCCUGAACAGUGGGCUGUGAUGAUGGGACACACCUGUGAAGGGCUUCCUGUCGUGACCAAGGGCAAGGACACAUUUAAAAAAACAAACAAACAAACAAACAAACCAGCACUGAGGGGGUUUUCCUCUGCAGAGCAUGGCAGGUGAGUCCAUCACCAUGGGGCACACAUGCCCCCACAGGGACGCCAGCAAGCAAGCCUCAGGGUUACAGUUCUCCCAUAUGGCUGCAUGGUGCUGAGUCGGGGAUGCUUCUCCUUCAGGCUGAUGUACUUCUUACCCCACUGCUGGGAGUAGUGAGAGUCCCUUUGGGGGCUGCUGCAGCUGCACAGAGCCAGGCCCUUCCCGGAGAGGCCUGAAGGUGGCCACGUGCCACCGCCCACUCCCAAAGGGCCGCUGCAGGGCCUGAAGCUCCAUCAUUCCCUUGCCAUCCUGGAGAGCCUCCUGUCCUCGGAAGUCCUCACACCCUGAGCUUCCUGUUGUCCUGUUCUGCUUCCUGUCCUCCUAGUCCCGGCUUGUUCCCUGGGCACCUUAGGCCUGCUGUGCUCAUCUCCACCUCAGAGUCUGCACACCACAUGCCUGACCUGCCACGUUGCAUUUUCACGGGGUUUUCUUCUUUCUGGGUUGUAAAGAACCUGUGAUUAUAGUAGCUCUUCUAAUGACAAUUAUUCCUUAAAAUGUGCUUGAUGACUGUGGUCCUUUGACAAAUGCUUAUGGAGUGAUUAUGGCAGGCUGGGAACUGGGGAACUGGGGUGACCUGGAGGAGGAACCCCCCCAGGUCCCAUCCUCCUGCAUCCAUCUCCCCCCACCGAUUAUGUCCCCAGCUUCACUCUCUCCCACCCCUACCAGGGGCAUUCCCUGUACCUCCAUUUCCAGAAAUGACUCUCCCUCUCCUUUCUCCUCGGUCCCUCCAAUCCCCACAGAGUUCCCCAGCUCCCAGACAGGCCUGGGCAGGAAGUCUCGGACCACUGGGCACCUCCAAAGGUCCCCUAACUCUGUCACUCACAUGCAGCUGGACCUUUUUACUUGCAGGGAGGACUUGGGAACGGGAGGAAGUGGUAGGUUAGAGGGGAAAGCAGAAAGGAGAAAUAGGUUCUGGUUUCAACAGUUUCUUCCUGGACUUUCACAGCUUUCUACAUUCUAACCCCAGUGCAGCAAGGAGGAAGAGGCUGGGCAAGAGUCAGCUGACAGAAGCUUCAGAAUCCCCUGGAGCCUCAGCUCUGAGACUGGAGCCGGCACACAUGUCGCACCUGCAGCACGAGGCUCCUGCUUACAGGUCAAGACCUCUCCUACUCCCAGGCCUCCCGCUGCCCCCUGGAGGACUUGGACUCCCUCAGCUCUUCUUCCUGGACAAGUGAGAGUGGCUAGGCCAAAUCCCCACCUCUGCGCCCCAGCUCCGGCUCCCUCUCCUCAGGGCUUCCCUGCUCCCACCCCAGCUCAAGAAGAGGGCCCAUGGCCUGGGAGGCCACAUGCCUGCUGCCGCCUGUCCUGCUGGUGCUCCUGGCCUCAGGCUCAUGGGGACAGAAGCCAGAGAUGCUGCAUCUCCUGGAAGGGGACUCCUUCUCUGUGAAGUGCCUGUACCCGCCCCAGAAAGGCUCAGAAGCCGUGAAAUUCUGGUGCAAGUGGGACUUAUCACGUACCUGUACCCUGUUAGCUACCUCACCCCAACUCUGGGGGAAGCCUCAAAACUCCAUUGAGGAUAAAGUCGGACGGGGCUACUUCAUCGUCACCAUGACCAAGCUCAGGGUAGAAGACUCUGGAUCUUAUUCAUGUGGAAUCUACAAAUCCUCCAGGAAAUUUUUUCACAGAAACAUCCAUCUGGUGGUAUCUCGGGCUUCAAUUCUGCCUACUGCCAGGAGCACCAGUGGGACCACAGCCUGGACUUCUGCCACCAGCCCUGUCACUGACAGCCCUCAGGGCAACUGGCAGCUCAUCGUUCCCAGCUCUACGUUGGGUGUCCUGCUGGUGCUGGUGCUCAUCCUCCUUAUGAUCCUGUACUUCAGGAAAGCCCGCAGAAGCGCCGCAAAAGGUGAGGACAAAUCCCACCACAUAUAUAACAACAUCGCAGUCCAGAAGGAACCGGGCACUGAGCAUAGGAAGGACCUCUCACCAAGGCAGAGGCGAUCUCAGCUUUCCUGGGGCUCGGAUCAACAGAAGGGCUCUGAUGAGGACACUGGGGCCAUCUGCUAUGCCUCACUUAUCCACCUGAAUCAAUUUGGCCCUGAGGACUCCAUCUACGUCAACACUCAGCCCAAACUGAAACCCAUGCCUGAUCCCCUUCUGACUGUAGAAUAUGCCUGCAUCCCUGGAACCAGACCCCAGCCCACCAAGUCAACUGCCCCAGAUAGGGAGCUCAAGAGCUAAGGAUAGACUUCACUGAGCAGUGAGCACUUAGCAAGUACUUGUGAGGCAUAGGGCUGCUCUACCAGUGAUGGGUGGGGGGAGGACUUCAGCAUGGCAAAGAUGGUCCCGAACCAGCAAAAGAUCAUCGCUUCCUACAAGGGCAAUGAGGAAGAAGGAGGAAAGGAAAGUCAUUAUCAUUCAAAGGGGAGAAGCUUUGAGUGUGAAGGCUGUGAUGGAAAGGCUCUGGGGCCUAUAGAAGGGGUUUCUAGACACCUGCCUGCUCCCUUCCCCAGGGUCUGGGAGGAAGGAUACUGAAGUAGAGUCCAGUUAAAUAGGAUCUGGACACCAGUGCUCCAAGUUACCCAAUCUUCUCCACACUCUGUGACCCUCACUUCCUUCCUGACCAGGGCCUAUGAAAUCCUGACAUGCUGUGCAAGUUCCUCUUUGGUGACCUUCUCAGGACAGCCCCUGCCCAGCUCUUUCCGAGGGCCACUAAGUUCUAUCUCUCUAUCCCAUCUCCUCCUCUCCUUCCUGACCUUCCGAUUUUGAUUCUCACAAAUAACCCUGACAGGACGGGCAGUGCCUGCUGCUCAGCGGUCUUCCUUAACCCUUGGCCUUGCCAUUCAAGGUGGGGCGUGGGAAUUUCCUUCCCUGUGGUGGCCCCUGCAGCUCCACCAGAACUGAUCUGGGUUCCUCUGCCUUCCACAGAAGCUAUCAUGUAUUCUACAAAGCUGCACAUCAAGGACAGCAGGCUGAGGGUUACCUCCUGUUUUGCCCUAGUGCCCUUGCACAGGGCUAUUAUGGGAAGAGAGCUCCCUUCUUUAUUAGGCACUCCCAAGGGGUGACUCUGAACUGUGGGAACUCCAGGCCAUGGGGGCAGAGGGUGGGGUCCUACCACGUCAUGGAAAAGAUUGCUUGACUGCUGAUACAUCACUUCUCAAGGAUAACAUUUAAAGAUCAUCGAAUCUAACUGCCAGUGAGUCCAACUGCAAAAUCCCAGUGAGUCAUGCAGUGUCUACCUCAAUCUCUCCAAGGACAGGGAAUUUACCACCUCUUGCUCAAGCAGCUUGUUUGUCAAUGUUUUUUUGUCUUUCAGCUUGCCCUCAAUUACAGUGAAAGGUCAGCCUGUCUACAGGAUGGGACCUGAGGGUCGGGCUGCUUUACGGCCAGAAAGGUAGAGGGGUUGGAGAGGUGAAGAGUGGGGGGCAGUCUGAGGUUUGGCAGGCUGGGUGCAAGGGAAAGGUCUUCCUCAGGGAGGAAGGCAAGCUAAGCACUUGUCACUUGGGACAUCCCAGGCUCCCUGUGCCGAGGAUGUGGUUCUAUCCGCAGUCUGUGGUUGCAUGAGGACACUCAGGAACAACCCCAAGUUGAAGGAGGUGGAGAGCAGGAUGCUCUGAGCAUCACUUUAGCCCUCCAGGUCUCUGCUCUGCCCUUCCAACUCCCUAUAUCUGACUCCUAGAGAAUGGGCAACUACUGCACCCUGACCUCCCACCCUACCUGGCCUUGUUCUGAGAAGGUCAUUGGCACUGACCUGUGGACUUUUUUGACCUCUGGUCCUCAAUGGUUCUAGGCUCCUAAUACUGCCUCUUGGUCUAUAUUUUAGUCUACACUCCCACUGAGGGAGCCCGUAUUCACCAUGGUCUUUUCAACUCAGGCUUCCUGGCUGCAGCACUAUGAGCCAUCCCAGGGGUCAGGUUCCUCAUGAGCUGUUCAAACCCAAAGGAUUUACUCAGACUAGAGAACCUGGAGUUAUAGUCAUUACACGGUACUUGUAGGGAUCUGCUGACUGCCAGCCACUGCUCAGGCCUGGGGACACAAUGAUUAAGGCUAGUAAGCCAACAACUAUGGAGUGCUUCUUAUGGGCCACAUUCCUUUACAUACAUUAAUGGCUCAAACAUCCUGGAAGGAAGGUACUCUCCUAUCAUUUUAAAGAUAGGGGAAAUUGAGGUGCAGGCAGGUUAACUUUUUCCCAAAGUCUUGACUCUUGAAAGUCAAGUGUUCAGUAGUUGCUCCCCAAAUUAUUUCCUCCUGAGAACAUAGCUAGAUGAUUACAGUCCAGCCUUUCUUGCAGUUAAAGGUGGCCAAGUGACUGGGCUCUGGAAGUUACUGUUUGCCCCCUCCAGGCCUGGCCCAUAAAACCUUUUAUGCAAUCAUCUGUGUUUUCUCCUUUCUCUCAUUUGUCACCCAGAUGGCAUGGUGAAAUAAAAGUUCUUAAUGUAAAUUCUAAUCCCAACUCAGCUUCCCAAGGGUCAAGAAUCUGGCUUGUCUUGUCUUUCCUAACUGCUACUGCCUCUUCUGCUGCCAGAGCUUCUUUCUCCUGGGAAUCCUUACUGGAGUUCUCAAAACAAGUCCUUUUUUUUCACUGAAGUCAAAUAGAAAUACAAUUAUCAUAUGGUUUCACUUAUUUGUGGAAUAUAAGGAAUAGCAUGGAGGACAUUAGGAGAAGGAAGGGGAAAAUGGGGGGGGGGUGAAAUUAGAGGGGGGAUGAACCAUGAGAGAGUAUGGACGCUGGGAAUCAAACUUAGGGUUUUGAGGUGGAGGAUGAGUGAGCCUGGUGACAGGUAUUAAGGAGGGCACCUAUUGCAUGGAGCACUGGGUGUUAAAUGCAAACAAGGAGUCACAGAACACAAUAUCAAAAACUAAUGACGUACUGUAUGGUGACUAACAUAACAUAAUAAAAAAAUAAGAUAAUUUUAAAAGUGUCCAACAACAAAAAAAUUGUUCAACCAAAAGAAAAAAAAAAGAUUAACUUCUUGACCCCUGAGAGUAGGUACUGAAGUUAGAAAAAGACCUAAGUAGUCGUCCAACCAACUGAGCCACCCAGGCGCCCCAGGUCGUGCUCCUGGAGUCCCGGGAUCGAGUCCCACGUCAGGCUCCCGGCUCCAUGGGAAGUCUGCUUCUCCCUCUGACCUUCUCCUCGCUCAUGUUCUCUCUCACAAUCUCUCUCUCAAAUAAAUAAAUAAAAUCUUUAAAAAAAAAAAACCUUUACAAAAAGACCUAAGUAAAAAACAAACGAACAACAACCCCACCCCCCCCAAACCUAAAAAAUAAACUAACAAGUCCUUUUUUCCCUCCUACUGUGGUGGUCAUAUGCAUAACAAAACUCAAGGGGGACUUGGUGAAGGUCCUGUCUUUCAAGGAACACCCAGGCUGUCAAGGACACCCAGGCUGACACCAACAAAAAGUCAUCAAAAUAAUAUGAAACUUUACUCUGUCCUUGAAGGAAACAUAGGAGUCAACAUUUAUCUUGCUGUCAAUAGCGGGCAUCUACCAUCUUACUCACCUCUUCCCUCACCCCAGGGAGUCUCUCCUUGACCCAAUUCUUCCGGGGUCUCUCUGUUUGCCCACCCACUGGUAGUCAUUAAUGUCUUCACCGAAGGAGUCAUGUUUCCUCAUCCAAACACACUCAGAAGUAAAAAAGCUGGGUCUGAGCUGGGGAGAAGUAUGGCUACUCCAUAUCUCUCUGGGCCCUGCUGUUUUAGGUCUUAUCUUCUAGGCUGAGAUAUUUGAGUUUAUGGGGAUGGUUUGGUGAUGUGGGGUGGGAGGGUGAGUGACAGCAGGUUCUGCUACGUGACUCCGAGUGCAGAAGAAGGGGAUUGCAAGCUGAAGCUUUCUGAAGGUAGUGAAGUAUCUGGAUUCGCUUCCCAGGGUUCCACAAACAUUAGUGUUUUAAGAGACAUUAGUGUCACGUGAAAAUAAUCCAUGCUAAUAAUGUAUUUUCUUCAAACAUUUUACAGUGAGGAAAAGUAAGUUAUGCUUAUCACAAGUUACAAGAAUUAACUCUUAGAAACUCUUUUAAUAUCCAAUUCACACCAAGGAAUAUUAUGUAGAUACCUGUUGAAAUGGAAAGACAUUCUAGAUAUAUUAAAUGAAAAACACAAGCCAUGAAUAAUAUGUCUAGCAUGAGCUCCUUUAUGUUUUUGUCUCUGUGUGUAGCCAUAGCAAAAAGGCUAGAUGGACAAACACCAAAAUAUCAAUAGUGAUGUUCUCUGGGGAAUGAGAGCAAUGGAGGAAAAAUCCAUUCAGUAAGAUUAGGAGGACUGGCUCUUGAGCCACAUUGUUUAGAUCUAAAUCUAACUUAUACCCUGGAACAAAAUUAUUGCCUACCUCACACAUAAUGACAAAACACACGUAAGGAGUUUAGAAAAAUGCCUAGCACAUAGUAAGCACUCAGUAAACGUUCAUAUAUUUUGAGUUGUAGAACUGUGGAUAACUUUUACCUUUUAGAGUGCAUUUUUAUGUAUUUUUCACAUAAAAGUUAAUUGAAUAUAGUUUUUUGAAAGAUUUCUAAAAUGCUGAACACAUUUCAUAUAGUUAUUAUAAUAGGAAAAUCUCCCUUUGAAUCCCUGUGCUACGUAAGUGAAACAGGUGAUCCUGGGGAGAAAUUACCUAUGGCUUUGCAGGUGUGACGCUUCAACUGCCUAAGAAGUAUUUACCAAAUAACUGUUGACAUCAUUGGUGUAUGUCUUCUAAGCGUUAGUGUGUGUUACUAAGUGUUGUCUUAUCUUGCUGUCAUUUGGACACUGGGUCUUUAAACAUAUCUGGUUUUUCUAUAUUGUGAUUAUAAAAAUUCUGCUUGGAGUGUUUUGGAAAACUGUUAAAUUUUGCAGCGACGAA